AUGUGUUGUGGCAGCAACUCUUCGCCGAUCGUCCUCCACUGCUCGGCGGGCAUCGGGCGCGCGGGGGCGCUCGUGCUGAUGAGAGCCGUCCUGGAGAAGGUGAAGCGUCGCCAAGCUUUCAACGUCGAGGAGAUUCUUAAGGAGCUGAGGCAAUGUCGCGCGGGACUAGUCCAGACGCCGCACCAGUACUACUACGUGCACGCAGCGCUCCUCAAAUUCUUGGCUGAUACCAUCUGCGAGCGGGACAGAAUGAUUAAAUUGCGUCCGAAAUUCAUGCCGUUCUGGGCCGAUUACAAGAAAGAGAUCGACAAGGUCAACAACGACAACAACAAAUCCACGAUGUCGUACCUGCCGAGCGUUGAAAAUAAGAAAGCUACU